UAUUUCAUACCUCCACUCGCAGCCGUGAUUCCAAGAAUAGAGACACCUCCGAGUCCGAAAUUGCUGGACGGGGAAGGAACACGAGACGAACCACACGCUACGCAAGAUGCGCCCAAACCCUCGCGCGGUCCUCCGCGCCGCCGCCGCCCUCCUGCGCCCGGCCGGCGCCAGCGCCCCCGGCGCGGCGGCCCGCCAAGCCCAACCCAAGGCGACGCCCGCGCCCGCGCUUGCGGAUUGGCGACCCCUCCCGGUGGCGACGCUCCCGGCCAGCGGCAGCCGCCGCGCCUUCUCCUCGGCGGCGGACUACGGCAAGGACGUGGACGAGGUGAACCGCAAGUUCUCGGAGGCGCGGGAGGAGAUCGAGGCGGCCAUGGAGAGCAAGGAGACGGUCUACUUCGACGAGGAGGCAUCGGUCGCGCGCGACGCCGCCAACGAGGCGCUCGCCGCCUUCGACGCGCUCCUGGCGCGCCUCCCGCCCGCCGACGCCGACGCGCUCCGCCGCUCCAUGGGGCUCAAGAUGGAGCAGCUCAAGGCCGAGCUCAAGCAGCUCGAGGACUAGGCUGCCGUGAGGUUUGGAUUUGGGGAGGAAAUUUGGGCGGAAACACAUGUUCUUUUGAAAUUGAGAUUCCUAGGUGUUUCGAUUGGUGAAUAAUGUAGCCCAACGAUCUGUGGCAAUGCCGAUGUGUUCUUUCUGGUGGUAGAUCCGAAGCUAAUCUGUCUGUGUGAUUGAUUUAGCAUCUGUUCGAAUUGGCCACCUUUGAGGCGUUCCAUUUUUCAUACUAAUUAGGAGAAGCUAAAGUAGAAUUGUGUUCCUGUGUUA